GUCGCAUUUCCAUUCAAUCGCUACUUACACAUUGUAUAUCUCGCUUCCUUUUGUAUAUAUCUUCACUUUUCACUUUCUCUUUCCUCGGUAUGGUACGCGCCAAACGCCAAAACACCCAACCCCUCGAGGAUGCCUCCGUGGCCCCCGCAACCUUCACCGACGGGCUUCCACUUCCCAAAUUGAUCGCAUUCGAUCUGGACUAUACCCUGUGGCCCUUCUGGGUUGACACACACGUCAGUGCGCCCGUCAAGGCCCGCGAUAAUAACUCACGCGUUGUUGACCGAUGGGGUGAAUCAUUUGCCUUCUAUCCGGCCGUCUCAUCUAUCAUAUACGCCUGCAAGAGCCGAUCGAUUCCUUUGGCUCUCGCCUCGCGUACGCAUGCGCCCGACUUGGCUCGCGAUGUGCUCAAAGCCCUCCACAUCAUCCCUACCUUCUCAGACAACCCCGCAGCCAACAAUGCCAAAUCGAUCCGCGCUUUGGAUUAUUUCGACUUCAUCCAAAUUUUCCCAGAGAACAAGACGCAGCAUUUCUCGCGUAUCCAUCAAUCUAGUGGAGUCGCAUACGAGGAUAUGCUGUUCUUUGAUGAUGAGGCGCGGAAUCGCAAUGUUGAGACCGAAUUGGGGGUGACAUUCUAUCUUGUACGGGAUGGUAUGACCCGGGAUGAGGUCGAUAAAGGUGUUUGGGCGUGGAGGAAGCGCAAUGGGAUCAAGCAGAGGUCAGUAGUGGAUGAUGCUUGAGCUUGCUACGGUCUUGCUUUGUACAGUUUUACACGAUAUGUCGCUAUGAAGGGGAUGCUUGGGCUUGGACUAUAGGCGUUCAGUAUAUAAGAUGGUAACCAUUAGAUACCCGGGGGAAAUCAUGCGUUGCUGAACAAUAAAGAUUCUUGAAUAAUCC